GCGGCUAUAAAAGGCCGGGGUGGGGCGGGCGCGGCGGCGGCCGCGGGUCCAGGUGAGCAGUCGCUGGUCGUCGGGGCGGCCGACCGGCGCGGCGGCUCCAGGGCCCAGCAUGCGCGGGGGACCCUGCGGUCACCAUGUACGUGGGCUAUGUGCUGGACAAGGACUCCCCCGUGUAUCCAGGCCCUGCCAGGCCAUCCAGCCUCGGUCUGGGCCCUCCGGGCUACGCGCCACCCGGCCCGGCGCCCGCACCCCCGCAGUACCCCGACUUCGCGGGUUACACGCACGUGGAGCCCGCGCCUGCGCCCCCUCCGACCUGGGCCGCGCCCUUCCCUGCGCCCAAGGACGACUGGGCAGCUGCCUAUGGCCCGGGCCCCGGGGUCCCCGCCGCCAGCCCGGCCCCGCUGGCCUUUGGGCCCCCUCCGGACUUUAGCCCGGUGCCAGCGCCUCCCGGGCCUGGUCCUGGCCUCCUGGCGCAGUCCCUCGGCGGCCCGGGCGCACCGUCCUCGCCAGGAGCGCAGAGACGGACGCCCUACGAAUGGAUGCGGCGCAGCGUGGCGACCGCAGGCGGCGGUGGCAGCGGUAAGACUCGGACCAAGGACAAAUACCGAGUGGUCUACACAGACCACCAGCGCCUGGAGCUGGAAAAGGAGUUCCACUACAGCCGGUAUAUCACCAUCCGACGCAAGUCCGAGUUGGCUGCUAACUUGGGGCUCACAGAGCGGCAGGUAAAAAUCUGGUUCCAGAACCGUCGAGCCAAGGAGCGCAAAGUGAACAAGAAGAAACAGCAACAGCAGCAGCCCCUACCUCCCUCGCAGCUGCCCCUGCCGCUGGAUGACAACCCCACACCAUCAGGGCCACCCCUGGGUAGUCUAUGCCCCACCAGUGCUGGCCUUCUGGGUACCCCCUCCCCAGUGCCUGUCAAGGAGGAAUUUCUACCCUAGACCCUUCCAGCCUGGGGCCCAGGGAUCUAGGGACUCUAAUGCUGGGCACCUGACUUUGCUGGAGCCAAAGAAGCCUGUUUUGAGUUCCAGCCCUGUUGCUGACCCUUGAGGUUACUGUGGACAAAUUUCCUAUCUAGGACAAGUCACUUGCCAACUCCCUGCCUCCCUUGGCUGGGCUAUGUGAUGGAUGAGCCUUUUGGACAAGGACCUCUUCCAGCUCCUGUGUCCUAGGCCAUGGGGUGAUGGGGGGGCCACACUGAGAGGUCUCAGUCACCUGGAGCUAUCUCAAGAUCCAGAGGGCUCAACAAGCUGUCCAGACAAGACUGAGGCUCCACCUCCUCCUCCUCCUGGGAGGCUGCUGCGUGCAGCAGACUGGCCCUGGAGAGGAGUCAGUGUUGAGAGAAGAGGCACACAAGGGUCUAGACUCACAUGUGAAGUGUAAGGUUGAUGCCAGUCCCACCUGUCUCCACCUGAAACCUCACCUCCACCUGCCCUCACACCCCAUGCUCUAUCCCUCCCCAGCCUGGAGGUGCUCUCAAAGCUACCAGGACUGGGCCCGAGGUAAAGGCUGGGCAAUUGUCCCUGCUCUUGAGACAGAGCUUGUCCCCUCCCUAGCACCCCAGGAAGGUCUAUGGAUGAAAGGGAAGCCUCUCAGGGUAGACUUAGACAGAGUCUACCGCCUGCCCAUGCCACCUCCCCAUAGACUGACUGUCCAUCACACCCAGGGAGCCCCCAGGCCAUGGGGAACUCAUAACUGGACAGGGGUUACAGAGAAAGGAAUCUCUUGAAUGCAGGUUCAGAAAUAAGUUUUCCCCCCUUAAACAAUUUAUAAAAAUCAUACAUAGGAUUAAAGGAAUUUUAUAAAAA